UCCAGUGAUCAACACAGACCUCUCGUAAACAAACAAUCAAUCAAAAUGUUCCGUCUGGUGGUGUUGUCCGCUCUUCUCGCCGUUGCCGCUGCCGCCCCGGGAGCCACGCUGGUCCACUCGGCCCCGCUGGCGUACUCCGUCGCUGCCCCGGCCGUCCUGGCCCACAAGGAGAUCUCGUACCAGAAGAGCAUCGUCGAGGAGCCGACGUUGGCGCAUGUUGGAACCGUCCUCAAGCACGUCCCAACAGGAGUUACGCACACGAGCUCGGCCGUGGUUCAC